UAUGUAAUAUAAAUUUAAUGUUGUUGCAGAUAUGGAAAACUGUCUCAAAUGUCAGGACAAUGAAUGGCCAAAUCAAGAGAAAACUAUAUGUAACGAGAAGCAAGUUGAAUUUCUUUCCUUUGUUGGUGAUCCCUUAACACUAGUCUUUAUUAUUAUAUCUGUCAUGCUUUAUAUAAUAGCAGAAGUUAUAUUGGGAAUCUUUAUUUCAUUUCGAGACACUCCAGUAGUAAAAUCCAAUAACCAAACUCUGAGCUUUAUUCUCCUUGUCUCCAUCAAGUUGAGCUUCCUCUCUGUGUUUCUGUUCCUUGGCCGUCCUGUUGAUAUAACCUGUAAGCUCAGACAAGCUUCCUUUGGAAUAUCAUUCUCUGUCUCUGUGUCUUGUGUCUUGGCAAAGACUAUCAUGGUUUGCAUUGCUUUCAAAGCCACCAAGCCUGGGAGUCCCUGGAGGAAAUGGAUUGGCAUUAAACUAGCAAACUGCAUUGUUUUUAUUUGCUCAUUAAUUCAGUCUCUGAUAAAUGUUAUCUGGUUGGUACUUUCACCACCUUAUGUGGAGAUCAAUGCACAUUCUGAACCUGGCAAAAUCAUCAUUCAGUGCAAUGAGGGCUCUGUCAUUGCCUUCUAUAUUGUCCUCUCCUACAUGGGAUUGUUGGCAUCUGUGAGUUUCAUUGUAGCUUUCUUGGCUCGGACAUUACCGGACAGUUUUAAUGAGGCCAAGUACAUCACUUUCAGCAUGUUGCUCUUCUGCAGUGUUUGGAUCACAAUGAUCCCGGCCUAUCUGAGCACCAAAGGCAAAUACAUGGUGGCAGUGGAAAUAUUUGCCAUUAUCUCUUCAAGCUGUGGCCUUCUCUUCUGUAUAUUUCUACCCAAAUGUUACAUUAUUUUAUUAAAGCCAGAGAUAAACACAAAAGAAUUCUUGUUGAGAAAAUGUAAUACAUAGUCAUUUGUGACCUUAUGCAAGAAGACAUUUUCCAAAUAAAGGACUUCAUUUAAUAUAGUUUAUUUUUAAAUAUCACCAUAGCAUUAUACUAAAAAAGUAUAAUGCUGAGAGAAAAAGAUUGUAUUCCAUAAUUAGGGAUGCACCGAAUCCAGAUGCGGUUCCAGAAUC